AUGAAGCUACAUGGCUUUGAGAGCAAUCUUAAGCAAGUCUGCUCAGAAGAAAACACUAUUUUAUUCAGUGGUGUUUUCACUUCUCAGCCUUUACCAACAAAGAAAGUUAUUGUAUGGAAAAUAUGUUCGAUGGUCGACCCUAUUCCAUACGACACCCCGAAACCAGCAGGACACACACGGUUUGUCUGCAUCUCAGACACACACUCCAGAACAGAUGGUAUCCAGAUGCCUUAUGGGGACAUCUUGCUUCACACGGGCGAUUUCACUGAGUUGGGGCUGCCCUCCGAGGUUAAGAAGUUCAAUGACUGGUUAGGAAACCUGCCAUACGAAUAUAAAAUAGUGAUUGCUGGAAAUCAUGAACUGACAUUUGAUAAAGAAUUCAUGGCAGACCUUGUUAAACAGGAUUACUACCGGUUUCCCUCGGUAUCUAAAUUGAAACCAGAGGAUUUUGACAAUGUUCAGUCACUUCUGACAAACAGUAUUUACUUGCAAGACUCUGAGGUAACCGUCAAAGGAUUCCGGAUAUAUGGUGCCCCUUGGACACCAUGGUUUAAUGGAUGGGGCUUUAACUUACCCAGAGGUCAAUCUUUACUGGACAAAUGGAACCUUAUUCCUGAAGGCAUUGAUAUAUUAAUGACCCAUGGACCUCCUCUUGGUUUUCGAGACUGGGUUCCCAAGGAGCUGCAGAGAGUUGGCUGUGUGGAACUGUUAAACACAGUACAGAGGCGAGUAAGACCUAAGCUCCAUGUCUUCGGAGGAAUCCAUGAAGGUUACGGCAUUAUGACAGACGGUUACACAACGUACAUUAAUGCCUCAACAUGUACAGUCAGCUUUCAACCAACCAACCCGCCAAUUAUAUUUGACCUUCCAACCCCGCAAGGAUCAUGAAGCACUACAGCAGUGGGGGAAGGUCCAUAAACUGCCAUUUUCUAAUUUAAAAAAAAUCCAUUCUCUUAACAUGUUUCUUUACAAAUGAUGUGGGGCUUUUUUGUAAAUUGUUGGUACAAAAAAACAGAUAGCGGUUGUGCUUUUUUUUAA